GGACUCAGACCAGCUUUGCUUGUAACCACCAUGGACGACGACCAGCUGCCCUUUGAGCUCGUCGAGGCCAUCGUCUCCGAGUUUUGGUUCGCAGAGCAUGCCUCGGAAGAUCGGAUCGCGUUUAUGACUGCAUGUCCUCUCAUCAGCACCAUGUGGUGCGGCGUGUAUGCGCGCGUUACUUCCAGAGACAUAUACGUUCCAACGCUCGCCUAUCUCUUCUAUAUCUGCUCUAUCGUUCGUUCCACAAAAUCUGCCAUAUACUGCUCUUCUUUCCCAGAAUUUACACGUUCCAUUACUUGCCAUGUCGACCUUAUCAAAUCCAACAACGACGCCGCCAUGCAUCCGUAUUCAGUUCUCUGCAGCUUGCCAAACUACACCGGAUUUCGCAAAUGUUUCCCGAAUAUCCAGUAUAUCCACCUCCAAACCAGUGUGCUUCCUGUGGACUGGCACAUUGCUGUUGACGAUCCGCCAGAUAACGAGGAAUAUGACUCAUUCCGCCUUCUCACGACAUGGAGUGUCUUCCUUGUCGAGUAUACUUGUGAUAUGGUCCAAUGCUGCUCCCAGUUCAUGAGCAUAUGGAGCUCUCCCUCCGUCACCUCCGCGGCGACAAACUCCAAUCGUAUUCGCAUCCAAGAACGAGAGGGUGACCUAUGGGACAUAAAUUAUCGCUUCCGGAAAGCAGCAGGACCGCCUAUGGACCUCAAGAGUUUCUUUUCUGACUUGUACGAGGACGUGCUCUGGGCUGUCAAAGGUUCCACUGCGAUUGAGAGUCACAUGUGGAGAAACAUCUUGGAGCUUGAAGAUAGCAUCUAUUACCAGCAACGAGCCCUAACUACCAAUCAAAAAACCCUAGUCUUGGCACACCCUUUACCAGUGAAGAAAAUCGUACGUGGAUUUAUCCGGUUCAUGGCAUACACUCACAUUACCUUCCAAUAGGAAGAGAAUAAUGACGGUUCUGAACAGUUGGUAUGAAUGUAAGAAUACGCAGCCCUCCUUUUAGAAAAUGUGAUGUAUUAUCGUAUGUAAAUCGUAUCAUUUUUGUCGAGUGAUGUUUGCGUGC